ACCCUCAUUUUCAACUCAUCUUCCACCCUCCCUCCUUAUUUGACCCACAAAAUAAAAAUCCUUUCUUUUUUCUUCCUUCUCAUACCCUUUUUCUUUCUCUCUUUCUGAACUGGUUUGAGUUAUAUGGCCAUGGAUGAACACCAAUCAUCACAGGUUUUGGCAUCAGAAAAUGGAAGACAAUUCUCAGAGGAUUACAGAGAAAACACCACUCAUCACCCUCAAUCUCAGUCUCAAUCUUUCCCUGGUGGCUUCAUUGGGAAACAUAGGUUGCAAGCAGCCCUAACACAUCUCAAUAACCAAAUUACCAUUCUUCAGGAAGAAUUGGAAAAGGUUGAAACAAUUGGUGAAUCCUCCACCGUUUGCAAGGAUUUAAUUUCAAGCGUUGAAUCUACACCAGAUCCUCUCCUUCCAUGCACGAAAGGAUCAGUUGAUGCUGCUUGGGAUCGAUGGUUCGGAUCCACCCACCAUUUUCGAAAUCACAAACGUUGGAUUUAGAUAUUUGUUUUCUAUUUAUAUAUACAUGUUUUUUUUUUUACAUGAACACAAUUUAAUAUUUUUUUCCUGCUAUUGAUGAGGAGAUUGUAAUGUUCUACACUCAUGAAUGAAUCACAUCUUCUUUAAGCUGUUAAGGCUUUGUUUUGUUU